AUGGGGAUCCCACGCCUCCUGCACCAUAUGCAGGACUUUGGCAUCUCUGUUGAGCUGGGAACAGCUUGGCAGAAGGCCACAAGUCGCUCGCCAACAGAAGAUCUCGAUGAGAAACACGUCGUGGUUGACGGCCCAAGCCUGGCCUACCAUGCUUACCAUCGCGCCGUCGCCGGAAGAUACCACGCGCGCAACGCACUCGAAGCCAUGCCGUCGCACGCUGAAGUGGCAGAAACUGCCCUCCAUUUCCUCACUACCCUCGAGUCGCAUGGAAUCGCCAUCUUAGGGGUCUUCUUCGAUGGAGCGCUUCCUGCUGCUAAGCGUGACACCCGCCUCAAGCGUCUGCACUCAUCUCUUGUCCAGCUCCAGAGCUUCAAGAACCUGCAUUCUGAUGACGUCCGUUGCGUCCGGUCAAGGAUCGACACCAAUUCCUUUGCAGCACCCACUUCCGUCCCCGAGAAACUCACCAGACUGCCAGCUGCACCUUUUCUAGUGCCGGCUGUCAUUGAUCGCCUCAAAAACAGUGCAUUUUCUGACCGGGUUUUCGUGGUCCCCGGCGAAGCAGACAUCUUCUGUGCCGACGUCGUCUGUCGCGUCAGUCAGAACAAGGCAUGUUGGCUUCUGAGCUCUGAUACCGACCUUCUCGUGUUCGACCUUGGACCGAAGGGAUCAGUCCUCCGCUUCCAGGAUGUGAGCUUGGCAACCUUUCCACGUCGCACGGUCCUGAAAGGCGUUGAAUAUCAUCCCAGGUCAAUUGCAGAACGCCUCGGGCUGAAGGCUUUGGCGCCACUGGCGUUUUCUCUUACAAUUGACCCCCAUAAGAGCCUGCAGGAGCUUGUUCGGGCCGCAAAAGCCGUAGAUAGCUCAACUUCGGAAUACCAAGUGUGGUUCCAAGAGUAUACCCCACUGCAUGGCAUAUCAGGCCCCGACCAGUUGCUGGUCAACCAGUACCGCUCAAGCUUUGCCGAUUUACAGGGGAAGUCCACUCUCCAAGCCCUACUUCCGAAUGCGUACGAAGAUGUAUGUCUCCCGUCGCCUCAAAAGCGACAGACAAAACGAGACACAGCCGCCUACCUCGGCUAUCUUGCUGACCCACACCUGAGGACUAUGGACCCAAGGAUUUCGGAGCUUGUCCAGCAAGUAUGCUCAGCCAUAGUCGCGGACACAGGCUACACCAAGCUCCACAAACCAGAAGGUGCAGGAGUCAGCUGUGCUAUGUUCCUCCCAUUCCUGAUUGAUGAUCCAACGCGGGCCUCGGCAUGGCGCUUAUCCGCAGACCUUCGAUUCCUGGGCUAUUCCAUCCUUUCUCUCCCAAUGUGUGCUCUGUUCUCAAUGGAAGAAUGGGAGCGCCGAGGCUCGCGCAUAGCUCAAUCUGCAGUCCCCCGCUUCUCCUACAAGAAGGCGGAGAUCGUCCAUACAUGUCGGGAGCUGAGCGCUCACAUCACCGCCUUCAUGGUUAAUUCAGGCGACCUUCACCUUCGCGCACCGCUUCACUUCUGGAAGCUGUACGGUGCCAUGUACUUGUCUGACAAGCUCGUUCAGAACGAAGAACGCCAAGUCUCGAAGAAUCAGGUAUUGAGAAUGAUUCAGGGUUGCCAGGGACAGCUUGAAUGGUCUCACAUCCACCACGUCGCCCAGUUGCAGGGCAUAUGGUAUUCGCUGCGCAUGCUCCGCCAAUUUCUCAGUGUGUUUCUCUCAUUCCCCACCGACGGUGCCCCGCAAGCCCACAAGACGGACAUGCACGGCGAUCCGGAGAUUCAAGCCGCCGUCAAGGACUUGCACGAGCGCCUCGAGGAUUUGCCCACUGCGGACAGGUUCUUUGAUCCCGUCCCGGACGACGACGAGGAGGCCGUGCCCGAAUCGUACCUGCUCAAUGCGAUUGAAAACUUUCCGAACCUUGCGCCAGACCCGAAGGAGAUAUACGCUGCGGCGCUAGAGAAAAGCAACGGCAAGAAGCGCAAGAAGAAGAAGCAAGACCAGCCGGAUGAGCAGGAUAAAGAAGAAAAGGCGGAUCCGAUGGAGCAGAUCUGGAGGAACAAGUUCGCUGCUCUUAAUCGUCUGGCUGACGACAUCUAA